UUCCAAUUGACAACGGGAUCUAUGACAGGGCACUCGCAGGAAGCGGUCGCUCAUCACAGCAUCUGGACGGUUGGAAAACUUGCGAGAGCUGCCCAUGCAGUCUCAGGCAUAAGAUCAUCACCAAUAACCGCGACUCUCGACCCCCGUAAGAAGCCUCGCGCGACAAAACGAUCGCACAAGCUUAAAAUUCGUUAUUUCGGCAUCCAGUUCUCCGGCAAUGUCGAUGGGUCGAGGAGGAGGAUUAGUUCUCAUGAUCGCCCCUUUGACUGGAUUUGAUGACGUCAAAAUUGUAAAGCUUGAAGAUUUUUUUUUUAUAAUAUAAUGCGUAGAAUAUGAACACACACUAGUAUCAACUUGGAAACAAGGAAGAGGGUGGCCUGGACGUGUAUUUGGUCAACAGGACUUUGUGAAUCAGAGACAAGGAUAGUCAGCAAGAGGAGUUCAGAGAGAUUACAAGCAAUAAAAAAAGGUGGAAAUGGAGAAGGUUGAUGAUAAUACAACAGAUAAGAAAAACGGAUAAGGAGGUUUUAAGGAUGGUUAAUGCAAAAAGAGGAUUGGUAAAACAUAUUCUCGAAAGACAAUUAAGCUUCCAGACUUUGUACUUAGAAGGAAAAAAAGGAAAAUCCUAAAUCUAUCAGGAAAAUACAUGAGGGAAUAAAAGCAAAAGGAUGACAAAGACAGAAAUUUCUGGAUACCCUACUUCAAGAUCGUAAUAUGCACGUAUCCCCUGAAACAGCUAGCCGCCGAGCCU